AUGGGAUCACUGGCAACCAAUUUCACAGCAUCACUCUUCCUCGUUCCCCUGGGCAUUCGCCGUCUUCUCUGCUCCUCCUCUCUCUACCUCAAAAACCCAUCUCAAUACAGGUCGAAAUUAUGGUAUUUCUCAAAUCCCAGGUGGAAAAAUUUGGAUUUUUACGUCCUCAUCAUCGCCCUUCCCAUUGCUUCAUUUGCAGACGUUUUCCUUUUCUUGACAUUUUCCGGGCACCCUAUCUAUCGAUUCGCCUUCAUCCAGAAAUCACUGGUGAUUUUGCUCUUCUGGAUACUUGCCGUUUUGAUCGUUUUACGGGAAAAUUUUGAUCAUAUUCUCAUUCACGAGAGUUUGGUAUUUGUUUUCGCUGCAAUUUCGUUUGUCGCCGAGUAUUCGGUGAUUGGUAAGGGAAUUAAUGGCCUGGGCGAAGCUGUGUACGAGUGGUUAGGUGGAUUGACUCUCCUUUGUGCUGCUUCUUGCCUGUAUCUAUCAAUUAGGCCUACUGCUUUCUUCGCGGAGUUUUUGUUGUGUUCCGGGAUUGUGUUUAAGGGGACAUGGUUAUUGCAAGCGGGGCUGUCAUUGUACUCUGAUGUAUUCUCAUUGAAGGGGUGUCAUAAAUUUUUGACUGAUGUUGUAUGUGAUCUUGAAGAGGAUAGCUUGAGGGGUGUGGCUUUAAUGAAUCUUUUGUUUAUUGGGCAUGCAAUUGGAGUCUUGAUUACAUGUCUCGUGUUGUUCGGUACCUUGUCUUCUAACCAGAACUUGAGGCAUGCCGAUGGGACGGGAUCAUUGUUGUCAGAGCCUGACUUGCUUCAUGAAUUUGAGGUUGAGUGA